AACACGACGUACUAAGCCUAAACACACCAGCGCAAGUAGCGGCUGUAUUGCAAUUAUUCUUCAGCCGAACCGCUGUAGCAACGCCCUGUAUGUAGAUACAGGAUAAUUGUCAUGUCAUCUGGUGGUAAAUUAACAUCCCUUUAGUAAUAUAUUUAAUUAGAAUUAGAAAUUCUCAUCUCCCGCGAACCAAUCAGCUGCAUGGACAUCGACUGCGUUCUUUUUGCUCGUUAGCACGUCAAAGCUCAAGCUCAAUAUUUCCAGAGCUUCUUGGAACAGAAAAAAAAAAACACUCCAUGUACUUAGCCUACAGACACCAGCAGAAGUAGCAGCGGUAUUGCAAUUAUUCAGCCGAACCGUUGUAUAUAGCAACGCUAGUAAAUUCACGCAGUCGUCAUUUUUCAGCGACGUUAUCAAACUGCACGGGUACUUUUCGAGCACCUACCCAGCUGAUCGACAGAAAACCAAAUAAAUCUCUUUUCUUUCUGUCACAAAGUGUACAUGUCACCCCAAACCAGAUGCAUAUCUAGUGUGUACUUUGUCUCCUGUGGUCUGGCGAGCUUGGGAUACAUCUAAUUGUAGUUAAUUAAACUGGGAACAAUUUUGACUUGUCCAGUCGACUUCGUUAGGAUCUCACACUGCACGCACCAUGGCUGGCACUCUGGGAGUAGACACGCUAGAUAUUGUGAUAAUCUGCUUGUAUUUUGUUUUCGUCGUCUUAGUUGGCUUGUGGUCGAUGUACAAGUCCAACCGAAGCAAUGCGAAGGGAUACUUUCUUGCGGGUAGAACGAUGGCCUGGUGGCCGGUUGGCGCUUCCAUCUUCGCCAGUAACGUUGGGACUGGUCACUUCAUCGGCUUGGCCGGUACUGGGGCAGCUUCAGGCUUGGCUGUCGGUAUCUUUGAAGUCCAGGCAAUCUACUAUGUGCUCUUGCUCGCAUGGGUUUUCGUCCCCGUUUACACUUCUGCCGGGGUGUUCACCAUGCCGGAGUAUCUAAGGAAGCGUUACGGGGGUCAAAGGUUACGAAUCGUCGUGUCCGUCUUCUCGCUGUUUCUGUACAUCCUCAUGAAAAUAUCGGUCGAUAUCUUCUCCGGAGCCAUCUUCAUCCAGCAAGCAUUCGAUUGGAACAUGUACUUAUCGACUGUGGUACUGUUGCUUUUUACUACCACAUACACAAUCACAGGCGGCCUCGGGGCGGUGAUGUACACAGAUACGCUGGGUUCGUUCGUCAUGGUCAUCGGUGGUUUUGUGCUCAUGGGACUCGCUGUCGGCGAAGUAGGAGGCUACGAGGAACUAAUAGUGAAGUACAUGCAAGCCAUCCCUAACACGACCCUGGCUGACCCGACCACGGCGUGCGGCUACCCACGAGCAGACGCCUUCAAUAUGAUGCGGGACCCGGUCACAUCGGACCAGCCCUGGCCUGGUGCGGUCAUCGGGCUCUUCUUCAUGGGCACUUGGUACUUUUGCGCCGAUCAGGUGAUUGUUCAGCGUGCUCUGGCAGCCAAGAAUGUCACCCACGCCAAGGCGGGAUCCGUGCUCGCCAGUUACCUCAAACUCUGCAUGAUCUUCAUGAUAGUCUUCCCAGGCAUGAUUGCACGGAUAUUAUUCACAGAUGAUGUUGCAUGCGUCGACCCGGCCGAGUGUAAACGAAUCUGUGAUAGCGAAGUAGGAUGCAGCAACAUCGCAUACCCGAAGCUGGUGAUGGAGCUCAUGCCAAGUGGUGUCCGUGGUUUGAUGGUGGCAGUCAUGAUGGCCGCCCUCAUGAGUUCACUCACGUCCAUCUUCAACAGCGGUAGCACCAUCUUCACUAUGGACAUCUGGCGUCGAAUUCGCCCAAAGGCAACCAAUAGGGAAAUCAUGGCCGUUGGGAGGUUGUUUGUGGUCUUCCUGUUGGCUGUCAGCCUCAUGUGGGUACCCAUCGUCCAAUCAUCGCAAUCGGGUCAAAUUUUCGUCUACAUCAACUCUAUGCAGUCUUACUUUACCCCUCCCAUCUUUGCCUGUUUUGCCAUGGGCGUGGCCUGGGGACGAACCACGGAGAAGGGUGCCUUUUGGGGGCUCAUCAUCGGUAUUUUCCUGGGCAUGCUGCGCAUGAUUCUUGACAUCAUCUACCCAGUACCGCCUUGUGGAAGUCCAGACACCAGACCGGCCGUGGUGAAGAUUCACUACUUGUAUUUCAACUGCAUCGUCGCUUUCAUCUCACUGGCCAUAACAAUUGUGAUCAGCUUAUUGACAAAGAAACUACCAGAUGAAUAUGUGGUCGGGAUGACGUGGUGGACACGUGGCAAACGGCCAUUGGCUCCCUCAGGAAGUAGCAGGAAGGCCGUAUUGGUAGAAGAGGAAGAAGACGAGGAAGAAUCUGAAGACGAGAUUGACAAGCAAGUUGCGUCAUUCCCACGUUGGAAGAAAGCCGUCUUCUGGCUGUGCGGCAUUUCGCAAGAGGUCGACGAAUCCUCGGAGAACGUGGCGUCUAUCAAAGAAAAUCCAAAAUGGCAGAAGUUCGUGACAGUCAAUGCACUCAUCGUCAUCGGUUUUGCAAUCGGAAUCAAUGUUUUAGUUUGGUAAAACAGAUUAUUUACAAGAAUUGCACCCAAGGUUUAAUAGCUCAGGUUAAUACCUUUCACGUUGUGUAUAUAAUUAUCAUUUAACCAUAUUGACGCGCCAGGUCGUUAUGCGCCGUACCGGUUUGCAACUUUUUGGGGGAAGAUUUUUUUUUAUUGUGCUCAGAGUCCGCGUUGGCAUUAUCGGCUCGAUAGAUGCUCUAGCAUGUUUAAUAACAAAUUGUGGUUUAUGCCUAUACAAUUGAUUUUUAAUUGUGAUUUGAUGUAAUAAUUUCCAUAAGUAGCAAACACGUUGCAAUGCCAAACUAGUAGGAUUGCAAUGGUCGUGUAAUGAUAGACCAUAAUAAUAGCUCCAUGGAUAGACCUAAGACAUUAUGACGCGUCCUACCUGGCUCUCAUAGGAAAACGCACACUAGUGUAAACAAAGCGUGACGUCAUUAUGUUAUAUUUCUAUUCGCGCUCUGUAAAACCACAUGAAGCAAGACGAUUCAUAAUUAUAAUCUAGUCGUACCAUGGAGCUAUGUACUUCCAUGGUUGUACUAUAUGCAUGUAAUCAUCAUUAUAACCAGUUAAUUUACGUUCAGCUGUGCCUUAUCGGAGUGACAACGUCGAAGUGGAUGAUUUGAAAUGAUCGUAUAGGCUAUUUCAUAUUAUUUUAUAUUAACAAUAUAACCGCCUGCUUAACUGUAGCCAUUAAUUGUACGCAAGUCGGCAGGACAUUAAUUGUGGACCAUUAACCUGGUGGGCCGCUUCGUCUUUUUUGCAAUCUCGAUGAUUUGGUCAA